AUGCAAAACGGGAAUGGAAUACAUUACCUGCCUGAAUUCGACAAUUCGGUGCCUCUUGGAGAUAAAAUUUCAUAUAUUGAGGACUACAAAGAUGAGAUUCCUGCGCUCCUAUUUGCGGCAAAAGUGGCCGAUGAAGAAGUUUGCGGUCGCCUGAAGGAUGACCUUGAGAAGGAUGGCGUGGACAUCGGCGCCAUGGUUGACGAGAACGAUGCCAAUGUUUUCCACUACAUCGCCAAGAACGACACACACGGGAAACAAAUUCUAGCAUUGUUUGAACCUUCGCAGUAUCGUUCCAAAAUCAAUGAGGAAGACGGCAACAACGAAACUGCUAUCACAAUAGCUCUGCGCGCCGAUAAUUUCGAUCUUGCAGUCACGUUGCAUGAUUUUCUUAAUAAAAGUAUGACGUGGUCGCCAUCCCUUUUAUACUACUGCCUUGUCAGAUUCGAUGUGUACCUGAUGGCGUAUGUAUUAAUGAAGGAUCCAACGCUGAUUGGUGUAGGUUACGGUAAACGAGGCAAAGACGAGAUUUUGUCCGCGGCGGUGCAGUACAGAGACUUGGUCACGUGCAGGAGCAUGAUAGAUUGUUUCUCCAUUGAAUAUUUGAAGCAGGGCACUUACUGGUUGGAACAUGGGUUUCUCUAUGACGCCGCUUUCAACAAGAAGCACGGACAAGAAAUCGCUCGUUUCCUGCUUAAUAACUACGAGUUUGACCUUGAGGCUCAUCCAGAGGAAGAAGAAGAUGUAUCUUAUUCCCCCCUUGUAAACGCCUUGACGGAGGAACACGUCGGCGUGGCUGAGGAGCUAUUUAAUCACGGCGCCGAUAUUAAAGUGAAAAUAUACGGGGAAAAUCUGCUUCAGUUCUGCGUUGAGGAAAAUAAACUGGAGAGUGCGAGUUUCCUUCACAGGAAGGAUGAAGAAAUCAUACGCCACUUAGGCCCCGCAAUCAGCCCAAUCGUGAAUCUAGCGGACAUGUCUGGUGAAAGUCCCCUCCACGCGGCUCUCAGCGAGGGAAAAUUAGAAGUUGCGGAGGCGUUGAUCGAGAACGGAGCCGACAUGAACGUAAAAUUGGAUGGGAAUAAUUUGCUGCUCUUCUGUGUGGUGAAGAACAAACUGGAAAGCGCCCAAUUUGUGCACGCCAAGGACGGAAGCCAGAUCCAUGGAAUCGGGAAAAAUGGCAAAACCGCCCGCGAGCAUGUAUCUCCAAACAGCGAAAUUUACAAGUGGCUGCUGGAAGAAGGCGGCGUUAACCCUGAAGGAGAAGAAGAGCGUACCGAGGAUGAGGAAAGUAACGGGACCAAUUCACGGCCUGAAUUCGACAAUUCAGCGUCUCUUGAAGAUAAACUUGCAUAUAUCAAGUUGAACAGAGGCGGAAUUCCUGCUCUCCUGUUUGCGGCACAAGUGGCCGAUGAAGAAGUUUGCGGUCGUCUGAAGAAUGACCUUGAAGAGAUGUACGGCGUCGACAUCGGCACCAUGGUUGAUGAGAAUGGUGCCAAUGUAUUCCACUACAUUGCCAAGAACGCCACGCACGGAGAAGACAUUCUAGCAUUAUUUGACCAAUGGCAGUACCGUUCCAAAGUCAACGAGGAAGACGGCAACAACGAAACUGCCAUCACAAUAGCUCUGCGCGCCAAUAAUUUCCAACUGGCGUGCAAGUUGCAUAAAUAUUUGAAUACAAAAACGACGUGGACGCCAUCCAUUUUUUACUACUGCCUCGUCAGAUACGAUUUUAGCCUGAUGGAGUAUGUGUCGAAGAAGGAUUCAACGCUGAUUGGUGUAGGUGACGGAAAACGGAACAAAGACGAGAUUUUGUCCGCGGCGGUGCAGUACAGAGACUUGGCCACGUGCAAGAGCAUAAUCGAUUGUUUCUCUAUCGGAUAUUUGAAGCAGGGCACUCACUGGAAUGACCUUGGGUUUCUCUACGACGCCGUUUUCAACAAGAAGCACGGUCAAGAAAUCACUCAAUUCCUGCUCACUAACUACAAGUUUGACCUUGAACGAAAAGAAGAAAUUAACGAACAACCAAAUUUUUAUUAUCACCUUUUCUUCGCCUUAAUGGAGGAACACGUCGGCGUGGCUGAGGAGCUAUUAAAUCAUGGCUCCGCAAUCAGCCCAAUGGUGAAUCUAGCGGACAUGUCUGGUAAAACUCCCCUCCACGUGGCUCUCAGCGAGGGAAAAUUAGAAGUUGCGGAGGCGUUGAUCGAGAACGGAGCCGACAUGAACAACCAACUGGAAAGCGUCCAAUUUGUGCACGCCAAGGACAGAAGCCAGAUCCAUGGAACCGGGAAAAAUGGCAGAACCACCGUGCAGCUCGCCCGCGUGUUUGCAUCUCCGAAAAUUGAAAUAUGGCUGCUGAAAGAAUUAAAUUGCGUUAAACUUGAAAAAGAAGUGUAUCGAGGACCAGGGAAGAGUGAGGAAGAAGCAAAAGCUAAAUUGACCCACCAAUUUUUAGCUUGUAAAAAAUAG